AUGAACUGUGAGCAGAAUCAAUUUGAUUUUAGAGAGUUUUCAAGCCCAGAAUUCGUAGAUUUGGGGCAAAAUCAUCUAAACACUCCAAUUAUAGACCUCACAUUACCCAAGGCGAAAAAUUUGACUAAGAGGAAGCCUUCACUGCAAAUUGAAUUGCCGGCGGUGAAGAAAUUAGUCUGGAUCGACUUCUCAAAGUCGUCUCGGUCGAACUCGGCGACGACGGUGCAAGACAACUCGGUUGUGGAGGAGAAGUGUCAUUAUAAAGGGGUACGACAGCGGUCGUGGGAAAAGUACGCUGCGGAAAUUAGGGAUCCGAAAUGGCGUGGCUCUCGCCUUUGGCUCGGAACGUUUGACACCGCCAUCGAAGCCGCGAAAGCUUACCACAGGGCGCAUUCAGGAAAUAAAAAAUAA